GCUAGAUGAAUUCGUUGCUAUGGCACAACAGGUAUUGAUUUUUAAAUAUGUUUAAAGAGUAAGAACGGAGUCGCCAGAGUCUUCGACUGCCUGCGCUUCAUCACAACAGGUCUCCACAUGCUAGCUAAAAACAAGCUAACGCUAGUGUCGGCUCCACGGGGGACGUGAGUUCUGUUGGCGGGACAGAAGGGAUUAUUACUGAAGGACAAAGUCUCCAGUUUCACCCAGGUGAAAGUCAGUGGAGUUUUCAAGGAUUUGUGGGAGACAUGUGUGAGACUCCAAGAGCAAGUGAACCGAGUGGCCAAAGUGAAAAGGGGCUUUAAGAUGGAGUGUAGCAGCCUCACAAAGUCCUGGAACACCAGCAAGGAAAGACUGGAGGCCACCAAGGAGAGGAUGAGGGCAAAGCUCCUGGUAAAUCAAGAGGCCAAGAAGCAGCGCCAGGGACAAGUUGAAGAGCUACAGCAGAACAUGGAACACAUAAAGAUCGCACAUCAAGAAGAGGUCUGUGAGCUGAAGAUGGCCACAACGACUCAGAGACAGAACAGGCGGUCAGAGAUGGAGCUUCAGGAGAAAAAAGGCUCCCUGCAGGUGGAGCAAGCAGAGCAGGCUGUCAGCAUCAGCAGCUUGAUAGAGAAGAAAAAGCAGGAACAUCUGGAUAAAAUAAAGGAACUACAUGACACACAGCGUGAGCAAGUGAGAGCUGUGGAGGAAGGCUAUGAAAGUUGGGCCAGAAUCAAGAGAGAGGACAACAGAGUGGAAAUUCAAAAGGAGCUGGAUGUGAUCGACAAAACAAUGACUGUGAAACGUGACCGUGUCCUGAAACAGCAACGUUCCGACUUGGCAAGACUCAACAAAGAGGUUGAUGAUAGAGCCGAAGUGGAUCUCCUUUUGAGGCGUCAACUUUACGACUUGAAGGAAAAGGAGAUGGCAUUGGACAAGGCGAUAGAGAAAGCAUCGAGGAAGAAAAAAGUGUUGGAAGAGAGUCUGCAGGAGCAGGAGCUCAAAUUGUCAGAGACCUGCAAAGUCGAGAACCAGGAGAGAAAAGCCAUGGCUGAGAGAUUUAAGAGAAGCAAAGCAAGAGGGAAACGCAUAAUCAGUGAGACCCGCGAGCUGAAUGUGAAGGCAAUCCAGUUGGAGCUGAAAGUCGAACAGGCUGAGAAUGAGAACGACCAGCUGCAGAGGAGUCACACCUACGCCCUUCUGGACAUGCAGAAGAAAGGUCAGAUGAAGCACAUGCUGCAGGAGAGGAAGAUCCAGGCCCUGACCGAGACCCAGGAGAGGAUGGAGCUUCGACUGAUGGUGGCGCAAUCUGUGGUGCAGAAAGACCAAACGGCUCUGAAAAACAUUAAGGAACUAUUUCAGUCCAAGGAGGCCACCAUUGCAUCCUUGAAAGAAGAGAUUCUUGUAGAGUCAAAGGGCGUUGAGAGCUUGAGGCAGAAUCUGGGGACUUUGUCCAUCUCUGGCAACAACCCGGUCCAAAGAGACGCCGUCAGACAGAACUCUGUCAGCGCCGGGCCACUUGAUGAACUCCUGAGGCUUUCAGGAGCGACUGCGUGGCCUUAGAGGGUAGAUGUGCUGCAUGAGACUUGUCCUUCCCUUUUGCACAUUCUUAAAAAAGGUGUAUUUGACCACAUAUUUUUGAAUCAGAACAGUAAUCAGAUAGAGCUGAGAAACGCAGAGAAAUAUUUAGAUUGAAUUCAUGUAGAUCUGUACCCGGUCAAUGUUUUGUGCACACUGACAUCUCAACUUAGACAUUAAUUACGUAAUCAAAUCAAAUUUAAAACCAAAGCUGUUUGCCUCAGGCAGGACAUUGAUGUUUGAUCUCCUUAUAGAAGAAGCAGAAAGUUCAACUCUGCAGUGGUUACUCAUUACUCUGCAGCAGUCUUAGUCCCGCCCCAAAUGCUCUCAUUGGUUGAAAAGCGUGAUGUCGCCCAUCCAAAGCCAAUACUGAUCAAAAUCCCACCCCUCCUGUGACCCAUGGAUGUAUAAUGUGACCCAUGGUUUGUUUGUAUGUGUGUUCAGAGCCAGUGAGCAACGGACUUUCAGAAUAAUAUCAUUCAUUAAAGAAAACUUGAAUUCUCCAUAAAACUAUUGUCGGUGUUAAUGAAUCAAAGUCCUGCCCUUAGUAGGACAUACUAUUUAUAUAGCGCUUUUCCAAAUGGGAGGGGGCUGCAGCCAUGGCCCUGUAACCCCGGGUCCGGAGCUUGGUUCUGAUGGACUGUAGUGGGCUAGCAUCAGCAGACC